AUUUUAAGGAAGACUGGCUUCGGAGCUGAAAUACUCGAGGCUAUAGCCUGAGCGAUCGAACCUAACAAUGCACACGCACUCCACUCCCGAUUCACCAUAAAUGCGAACAGGUGACCAUGCAAAUUUAACCAUGCAGAGGAGUUAAAAACAAGUGAGAAAACUGCAGGGACCGUCCGCUCCUAUCCGAACUAGUUCGCCAUCGUCAGUGCCAGCGGUCCUGUCACAUCAUUUUCCAAGUAAGUUGGGAAAUGCGUCGUUUUAAGGUCCUGCUGGUUUCUGUUCUACCUCCGCUGUUAACUGUUGUAUAACAGUGUCAUGCUUGGACCUGGAGACACGGGAUCAUGACUUUGAUGCAUUGCAAGGUGGCUGACUGCCUCGUCCUCACAGUGGGAGUUGCUCUCAUUGCAGCCCUGCCCCCUCCAACCCUUCUAGACUGUGAGUUCCUGGAGCACAGCAAUGCCACCUGCUGGUGGAACCAUGGACCUGACAGCACCGUCCCAGCAACCUCAUAUAUCCUGCAGAUCAACGAGACCCUGGAGCCUAAUGGUGAGGUGUAUAAGGUCCGGUCUUGUGAGACGGUCAGGGACCACUGCUCAGUGAACAUCACCACGGUGACAGCCUACUACUGCAUCGCCGUGACGAUGCGCGGAGCCCACGGGGAGGCCACCUCAGCUCACCGUUGCCUCCACGGCCUUGAAAUAGUGAGGUUGUACCCCCCCAAACUUUCCCAGCUGUGCCCCGUAGCAGGGCGCCCCCACUGCCUGCAGCUCCGGUGGUCCCUGCCCCCACACUUCGCCCUGUCUCCCCGGGAGGUUGCAGAAGGCCAUCUGAGGUAUCAAGUGUGGUACCUGUCUGAGACCCAGACUACACCCCAAGUGUUGGAGCAGGACCUCAGGAGGACGGAAUACGCACAGGUGUCGGAGCGAUCCCUCUCCCUCUCCACCAAACACACCGUGGAACUGUGCAUUUUCUCUGCCUUCACCCGUUACACCGUGCAGAUCCGAUACCGCUACCACCGCUCGCAGCACUGGAGCGAUUGGAGCUCGGUCCUGGAGGCACGCACCGCGGAAGGAGCCCCUUCGGUUGCCCCCCACAUCUGGAUGCAGGUGGAGCCUCCAGGCCCAGGAGGGUCUAGGAAAGUCACCCUGCUCUGGAAGCCACUGCCGCCCAGCCUGGCCAAUGGUAAUGUUGUGGGGUAUAACACUUCAUGCGGGUGUGAGGACCCCCCCACACAGACACGGGACAUGGGCUGUGGGGCUGUUUCCCCAAACUCCACGUCCUGCAAGCUGGACCUGCCCCAGCAGCCCUGCUCCUGCAGCGUGUCCCUGGUCACCUCCGCCGGCGCCUCCCCGCCUGCGUGUAUGAGGAUUCCUGCUGCCACAGAUCCAGUCUGCCCGCCUCCCAAGAACAUCAGUGUGCUGCCAUUGGAUGAAUUCAGGCUCCUGGUACGAUGGACAGCGCUAGAGAGCCAAUUAGCAAACCGCUAUGUGGUGGAUUGGUUCGCAGUGACCGAGUCUGCACCACGCUAUCUGUACUGGGAGAUGCUGGAAAACGGGACUAAUCACACCGUCAUCACAGAGGGGAUCAGGCCAGAGGUUCUCUACAAAGUGUCAGUAAGGGCCCUGUACGGAUCUUUGCCCGGGCAGGAGCAAGCGGUGGAGAUCUACACACGACAGGGAGUGCCAUCUGCUGGACCGAGGCUGCAGGUCGUAGAGCUCAGAAGCAACAGUGUGAUCCUGCAGUGGGAGCCCAUUCCUGUGGAGCAGCAGCACGGUUUCAUCCGGAACUACACCCUGUACUGGCAGCACAUGAAUGACCAAGUCGGAAGGAUUGUGGUGCCGGCCAGCUGUCAUAGGCACCUGCUGAGCGAGCUAUGCGGAGAGUACAACAUCCAUGUGGAGGUCAGCACAGAUGUGGGACAAACAGCUGGACUGCCAAUCACUGUGGUUGUAGGGCAGGGUGAUUUGUCACUGUUGACCAUCCUAUCCUGCAUCAUCAUCUCUGUCUUCGCAACAUUCAUACUGAUCACCAUCCUGUGGCACAGAGAGAGGGUAAGAAGGUCCCUGUGUCCAGUGGUACCUGAUCCAGCCAAAGGCAGCCUUUCUGUCUGGGUGCCUAGGAUGUAUGGGAAGAAAGAUGUCAGCAGUUCUGAGAUGGAGAUCAGCAUGAAAACCUGUGACCCCAUCAGUGGGCUUGUCACCUGGGAGGAAAAUGAGCACCAGCGACCCCUAAUGGUCAUUCCAGUCGUGCAGGAUGAAUACAUUAACUGUUCAACAGUGGCCAUCUGCAGUGAGGUGGGCUAUAUACUACCUGAUGACCAGAGGCCAGCCAGAUGUGACCUGAAGUCUUUCUGUCACUCCUACACAAACCUUAUGAGAGAAGACAAUGCUCAUCACUACUACCCCUGGAGGUCUGCCCCACCUUCUGCCUAUCAGCUCCUCAACAAUUUCCCCAGGGACACUGACUUCCCUCUGCUACUACAGAACCUCCUGAAAGACUCGGAUGCCUCAUCCCCUGUCAUUAAGAGCUCCCCUCUCCGGAGACUCGUGACAUGCAGUUAUGAAGAGUUCCCAUUAGAAAAGCCACCACCACCAGUGAUUCUGUAGUCCAGUGGUUCUCAAACUCGGACCUCGGCCCCCACUGCCCUGCUUGUUUUCCUGCUAUCCCUGCCCCACACACAAGUCCCAGCUGUCUUUCAGCUUCUGAUUGACUGAACACACCUGACCCAGGUAAUCAGGAGUGUGUGGGGCAGGGAGAGCUGGAAAACAAGCAGGGCAGUGGGUCCCAAAGGACCGAGUUUGAGAACCACUGCUGUAGUCUGUGUGAGAGUUGGCACAAGUUCCAUAGCUGAAGUUUCAGACAGGCAGUAUUUUUCACAUUUUAUUUAUUAUACACUUUUAUCCAAAGCAAACAUUUUUGUGAAAGCAGCGUCAGCCAGUCCCUGUGGCUUUUGGGGGUUAAGGUCCUUGCACAGAGUCCAACAAUGAAAUUACUCUGGGAUUUGAACCAGCAACCUUCUGGUGACAGCCACACUGUUCUAAUCCACCCAACCACACACCACUCUGACUGUUUUGUUUGGCCGCAGUGUGGCCUUGAGAAUCCUGCAGCCCAUACACGAAUGCUGUCAUUUCCAAAAACUGAUUGUUACUGUUGCAACUACGUGGUAUCAGACUAUGAAAGUUAAUACACAAAACCCUGGAUUCGGUCAUAUUAUAUAAAUGGAUGUAUGCUAAAGAUAAGUCUGCAGGCUUAAAUCUUGACAGGUAAAUCUUAUUUUAACUUGACCUGGUUAAUAACAGACUGCACGUCCUGUAUUGGUCCAUCGAAGAGAAUGGAGUGAUGCAUUAAACUCACAGCAGAGGGCGCCGUUGGCCGAACACGGUAUACGGAAUACGGUAAUGUACGUCGCUUGUUAGUGAAGAAAACAACGGCGCAAAUAUUUAAUUUUGUGAAAUUAUGAAUAUACUGUUCAUAUGUUUAAUGAAUAAAGCUGAUAGUUAAAUGUAAUAAAAAGAAAGAAAUGUAGUAUGUCUUAUCUGUAACUGAUCAGACCAGAUAAAAGAAUUGGCAUCAA